AAUAGUGGUACAACAGGGAAUAACCUGAUUCCUUAUAUGGUAGUGACCAGUGACCAUAAUGUAUUGUCUGUGUGUGCUUUAGUUAGAAAAGGAUCUGGUCACAGAUUAGGCUAUCUCUCUCUAUCUUUAUCUCGUGUUUGUCCUUUGCUUUCUUAUUGUGUAUCAUGGCUGGUAAAGAAGUGCCUGUUCCUCUUAUCAAACUACAGGAACAAAUUACGUGUGCCAAGUGUUUCAAUGUCUUCACUAAACCCAAGACACUCUCUUGUCUCCAUUCAUUCUGUCAGCAGUGCAUUGAGGGAUUAGCUACCAUCUCUACCUUGUCUGUGGCCUGUCCUACCUGUCAUCAACACACUGAGCUACCAGCUCAUGCUAGAGCUGCUGGCUUUUCUGUGGCACCUCAGAUUGUCGAAUUAAAGCAAAUGUAUGAUAGCCAAUCAGUCCAUGUCAAGUGUGACAUUUGCCAGGACAAUAUCAUUGCCAGUGGAUAUUGUAAGGAAUGUAACCUAUCAAUAUGCCAUCAAUGCAUUGAGAAGCAUAAGGAUUGGCCUCAUGAAAUAAAAGAGUUUGAUGAGCCUUUGAAUGAUAGGUUGCCUGUUGACAAGGAAGUGGCUUCACACUUGAAGACCAUUCUGUCUGCCAUUGGAGGAAGAAAGGCUGAGAUAAGAGAGCAAGGAGAAGCAGUGAAGAAAGAGAUAAGGUCACUCCUCAAAAGCACCAUUGAGGAUAAGUUUAUGGAAGAAAUUGAUGAGAUUGUGGCUAGGAAGCUCCAGUUGCUUGAGAAGCAGAAGGAAGAGAGUCUCAAUGCUUCAGGUAAGAUAGAGGAGUUUCAUCUGGUAGAAAAAGCUGAUAUACAGUUUAUUAGAAGCAACAAUGACUCCAUCAGUCAUCAUGUUGGUAGGAUAGUAUCUAGUGCUGGACUGGAGGAGUGUAAAGUAAAGGAGAUCACUGCCAUUAAGCAUAUACCAAAAGAUCAAGCAAUAUCAUUUGAGCUAUCAAUAGAAUCACCAGACGAUGAAAGAUCUCUUUUAGUCUUACCAGCUUCUUCUCUCUCUCUCAAUGUUGUUGUAACUCCUACUAUCACUAAGCCUUGUCAAGUUAUUAAUGCUAGAGUGAUCCCUACUGAUAAACCAGGAGUGUACCAGGUUAUAUGUACUCCUGUUAUUAGAGGACGUCAUCAAGUUAACGUGAGAGCUCUUGGCGUUCAAUUGAAACUACCUUCUUCGUUUACGAUACCUUUCAAUCCUUAUGAUGCAGCUCCCAUUCGUGUUAUACCUGGUGUUGAUAAUCCUCGUGGUAUUGCUGUUAGUGAUGACGGUCUUAUUGUAGUAUCAGAAUAUAAGCCUUGUAUUAUGAGCAUAAUGAUUAAAGAAGGAAAGAAAUUGAAAUCAUUCAGUGAGGGAGCUGCACUUGGCUUUUCAAGGAAUAAUGGCCUGGAUAUUAUGGAGGAUAGCUCUAUUCUUGUUGCUGAUACUGACAAUCACAGGAUACUGAAGAUAAGUAUGGAUGGUAAGUGUGAUCCAGUUGGUGGUAGUAGGGGUGCUGGAGAAUUACAGUUUCAGUUUCCUACUGGCGUCACUGCUUCACCAAUAAACAAACAUAUUUAUGUCGCUGAUAAAAAUAAUCAUCGUGUACAAGUUCUUAAUUAUGAUCUAAAGUUUUGUCCUGGGUUUGGUAAAUCAGGAACCGGCAAUGGAGAGUUUAACCAGCCUGUUGAUGUUGCUGUGGAUAAAGAAGGAAAUAUUUAUGUCACUGAUAGUUAUAAUCAUCGCAUUCAAAAGUUUACUCAUGAUGGCAAUUAUAUUUGUCAGUUUGGCAGUCAAGGGUCUGGUCCUGGCCAGCUUAAUUAUCCAGCAGGUAUUACAGUAGACACUACUGGUCUGGUGUUUGUUAGUGAGUGUAAUAAUCAUCGUGUCUCAAUCUUCACUAGUGAUGGCCAGUAUGUGAAUCACUUUGGAGGGAAAGGGCAAAACAAGGAUCAGUUCGAUAGUCCAUAUGUUGGAAUAACGUUUGAUAAAGAUGGCCGCCUCUAUGUUUGUGACAAUUUAAACAAUAGAAUAGUAGUUUAUUAGUGUGAACUAAUGAUGUAGUUAUGGAAUAGUCAUUGAUAUUUUCUUGUUGGUAUGAAUCUGAAUAUUUAUGUAACUAAUUCUAAUUGUCAAUCAAAA